AAUCAGAUGUAAUGACAUAUUGUAAAUAAAAAAUGGCGACUAAAAGAGCCAUUUGUUUGGUAAAAGAUGUAAAUAAAUUGCAAUCAGUUAUCAAUAAAUCAUUUUUGUCUGUAAUAAGUCGUGAAUAUUCCUCUAAUAAACCCGAAGAUGUUGUAACUCACACUGGACAGAAAUUUGAUGCUGAUGAUUAUCGAAUGGUGAGAUUCACUGGAUUGGAGGGAAAAGAAAUAAAUAAUAAAUGGGCGAUAAAAUUAAUUGAAGAUGUUCCCCCAAUGGCACGAGAAGAUCGUAUUGUUGCCUGUGACGGAGGUGGUGGUCCAUUGGGACAUCCUAAAGUUUACAUAAAUUUGGAUAAGCCAGGAAAUCACAGCUGUGGUUAUUGUGGACUUCGAUUUUACAAAGAAGAUCAUCAUCAUUGAUCAAUUUGUCAAUGGUAGUUAAUAUUUGUAAUAUAUUAUGUAUUUAAAUAUCUAUUCAAUGAAAAUGUAUAAUCUUUAACUAAAUAAAUUAAUUGAUUCAAA